CCGUUUCUCGGCGUGAAAGAGCGUCGACGAAGUUCGUUCGCCAAGCGCGCGCUCGGGGACGAUCUCGGCGUCGCCAAGGAUGCGCUCGGCGCGAAGGCUUUGGAAAAGUACGGCGCCACGCGCGUCGUCUUCAGCGCGCGCGCGCUCAAGCUGAACCAUCGAGACGAGCUCAAGGCCCGCAUUCUCGUCGUCACGGACGUCGGCGUCAUGCUGCUGGACGAACAAACCAAACGCGUGCGACGGAGGUUUAGUUGGAAGGAUUUGGCGGAGGUGCGCGUGAGCGUGUACGCCGACGACUUUUUCGCGUUGGUGUCGCCGGACGAGUACGACACGCUGUGCGCGUGUAAUCGCAAGACGGAAGCAAUCGUCGCGAUGCGGGAGAUGUGGAAGCGCGAUCGGGCGAUGCGACGCGCGAGGGAUGGGACGGCGCUCGACGCGUUCGAGGAGUUACCCGUGACGGCGAGCGAGCGCUUCACGUACAGAGCGAGCGCGACGCGCGAACGCGCGGUGAAUUUCGUGCGCGUGGACGACGGU